GGGCAGCACCACCGCUCUCCUCCGCCUGCUGCCAUAUAGCACCCCGCUGAUCCGCCGUCAUGGUCAAGAAGCGCUCCAAGGGCCCUGAUUUCCACAACCUCUCCGACCACGAUGAGCGCGACGUUGACGAUGAGACCCUAGUCGAGGAACGCAAGUUCUCCAAGUCCCGGAAGAGCAAGGGUCCGCUGGCCAAGCUGCAGCCCCACUCCGGCGAUGAGGGGAGCUCUUCUUCCGAUGGCGAAGCCGAUACCAGCAACAAGAAGGCGUCUCUUCGUCGUGUGCCUCGAGCCAAACGAGUCGCCCAGCAAAGCUCUGAUCCACGCUUCGCAGCCUUUGAGGACAGCGCCAAUGAUCAAUCAAGCAACGCCAGUGUUAGCGAUGACCUCGAUGCCGAUCAUCUGGUCGAUGAUAAGAGCGGCGGGAAAGCGCAGGAGGAAGAAUAUAGCGAUGACGACAGUAACAGCGAAGGAAACUUGCUGCGACGAGAGGACGCAGACCAGGACGGCAACACAGACCCCGUCCAGGCGACUGUUCUUCCGAACGGCAAAGCCCUCACUCCGGCGGCGCUGGCCAAGUUCCAAGCCAAGGUCGAAAAAACCGGCGUCUGCUAUCUGUCGCGGAUACCACCGUUCAUGAAGCCCAUCAAGGUUCGGCAGCUGCUCUCGCAGUACGGGGAGAUCGGGCGAGUCUAUUUGGUUCCAGAAGACCCCAAGAUUGCUGCGCGGCGCAAAAAAUACAAGGGAAACAGGCGAAAGAAUUACACCGAAGGCUGGGUCGAGUUCAUGGACAAGAAGGUCGGCCGUUUGGUGGCCGAGCGCUUGAACAACAACAAGAUUGGUGGAAAGAAGCGAAGCUACUAUUACGAUGACAUCUGGACGAUCAAGUACCUUCCGCGGUUCAAAUGGCAGCACUUGACCGAGCAGAUUGCCUACGAGCGCGCCGUCCGCGACCAAAAACUCAAGGCCGAGAUGUCCCAGGCCAAGAGAGAGAACAAGGUCUAUAUCAAGAAUGUCGAGAAAGCCAAGAUGAUCGAGGGCAUCGAGGCCAGGAAGAGCCGGAAGCGACAGAUCGAGGACUCGUCUUCAACUGGCGAGGUGUUGGCCACACCGGCGGUGAACGCUGCCUCUGCUGCGUCCGUCGAGGAAGCCACCGCCGCAAUCCGCCGCAGAUUCAAGCAGCGCAAGGUCAUUGAUAGCGAGGCCCAGCAGCAACAGCAACAGCAACAGCAGCAACGAAUCCCUGCCUCCAAGAGUAAAGCUGCUGUGCUUGGCAGUCUGUUUGGGAGCGGUUAGCUCGUUACAGCAAAGCAGGUCCGAGCAGUGCCUGUUUUGGGAAGCUUCUUUCAACCCGAUUGCAGCAAGCAACUGGCCCGAGGCGGAUACUCUGCGGAUCGCAUGAUCUCGGCCGUGCGAUUGUUUCCCGUCUUGGUUAGCAAUCGAGUGGUGCUCGUUGGUUCGGUGAAUACGCCCUCGAAUACAUCUGGCCGAUCUCCUGUGGCGAUGAUUGGCAGGCACAUCGAUAUCGUGUGUUGCGAGGCGCUGGCAUUGCAAUGUAAUGUAAUGUAAUGUAAUGUAUGCAAUCGGCCAUUCGGACAGCUCCAAA